AUGUCAGUCCCCCCUACCGAGGGCGGUCAUUCUAGUGCAGUACAAUGGUACUACGCAACAGCCAGCCCCAGCGCAAUUGCUGGAGCAAAAGCGCCCCCCCCCCCCAUUUCCCCACUUGGGAUAGCCGUUUCCAAGCUACUAUUGUUCAAAGCCCAAAGGAAGAAGAAUCAGGCUGCAUCCAGCCAUGCUGGGGUCCUGCAUUCUGGAACUGAUGUGAUUUCACUGCUUUGGUCUGGAGUGGCAAGCUUAAUGAUAGGCCAAGUCAAAGGCCUGAGGGCCGUGAACGGUGCAAAAAAGAUUGAGCUCAACCACAACUCCAUGUCCCACGCGCACAAGUAUCUGAAGCUAUGGUACGGACCUCCGCAUUACAAGAAGGAUUCUCCAACUAAGCAUCACGCAACAAAACGGUCCAUGUCCAUGACUCGAAGGCUGAAUGGUGAAAAAUCUACAUGUGCAUGGUAA